AGGGACCUCGGGAACUGCAACUCCCGGCAUGCAUUGGACGCGGCCUUCCGCUCUGGACGCGUCACGUCCUCCCAGCCUCUCACGGGUCUGCAGGCUUGCGAGAGGGAGGAGAGACGGGAAGACGAGCAGGGAAAAAGGAAGCUGGUUUUCUUUUAAAAACAGCGAAGCUGCAGAUUUAUGUACAGUGCGGCUAGAUAAGGGGUUAAAGACACAAAUAAGCGACCGCCAUGUCGGCCCAGGCUCAGAUGAGAGCUUUGCUGGACCAGCUGAUGGGAACAGCAAGGGACGGUUCAGUGUAUCUUUGCCAGCCUACAUCAAUCUGCAAGGGAGUUGCAGAAAAGCCUCAUGUUCAUCGAGCCGUGACGAAACUCGACAGAGGGUGAAAUUCACAGACGAACGCGUCUGCAAAAGCCACCUGCUGAACUGCUGUCCUCAUGACAUCCUUGCUGGCACGCGCAUGGAUCUGGGGGAGUGCUCAAAGAUCCACGACCUGGCCCUCAGGGCGGAUUACGAGAUCGCCUCCAAGGACCGAGACCUUUUCUUCGAACUGGAUGCUGUAGACCACCUGGAGUCUUUCAUCGCCGACUGUGACCGAAGAACAGAGCUCGCAAAGAAGCGGCUGGCUGAAACACAGGAGGAAAUCAGCGCGGAGGUUGCGGCUAAGGCCGAGAAGGUGCAUGAGCUGAAUGAGGAGAUCGGGAAGCUGCUAGCCAAGGCGGAGCAGCUGGGGGCAGAGGGCAACGUGGACGAGGCGCAGAAGGUCCUGCAGGAGGUGGAGAAGGUCAGGAGCAGGAAGCGUGAAGCAGAGGAGGAGUACAGGAACUCCAUGCCCGCCUCCAGUUUCCAGCAGCAGAAGCUGCGCGUGUGCGAGGUUUGCUCCGCCUACCUCGGCCUCCACGAUAACGACCGGCGCUUGGCUGACCACUUCGGGGGCAAACUGCACUUGGGCUUCAUCCAGAUCCGCGAGAAGCUGGAGCAGCUGAAGAAAACCGUGGCAGAGAAGCAAGAAAAAAGAAACCAGGAGCGUCUGAAGAGGAGAGAAGAACGAGAGAGGGAGGAGAGAAUGAGGAAAAGAGGGGAUUCUUCACUGACUGAUGCCCCAGGAGAACUGCCUAGGGGAACUGCCUCAGGGACCAGGUCACGGAGCAGGGAGCACCGAAGGUCCCGCUCCCGGGAACGCCGGAGGCGCCGCUCCCGCUCGUCCUCCCGGGAGAGGAAGAGGUCCCGCUCCCGGUCCCGGGACCGCGACAGGAGGCGCAGGCACCGGAGCCGCUCGCGCAGCCGGGGCCACCGUCGCAGCCGGGAGAGGGCCGCCAAGCACAAGUCCUCCAGGGAUCGGGACCGCUCCUCUCGGGACAGGUCGCGGGAUCGGGACCGGGACCGGAAGGAGAAGAGCUCCUCUGAGCGGAGGCAGGAGAGCAUGAAUGGAAGAUCGGACUCCCGGAGGUCCGAGGAACGGGAAGCCGGAGAGAUCUGACGGGAUACGGAGCCUCUGUUAUUCCGUGUUACACUGUACAUUCGUUCCCUCAAAGAGAACCCCUUUUCUCCUCUUUCUGUCCUAGUUUAACAUACCCAUUAAAUACUGCUGGAUAUUAUUGCUUCUCUAGGGUAUAUAGCAUUUUUUUAAAGGAAAUUGUAUUUUUGUGAGGUUUUUGUUUUUUUUUAGGUAGACUGUCCUGAGUCUUCUCAGUUUGUUUUGUGCAGUUUUCCAUCUGUUAUUUGCAAGGGGGCAUGUCAUUUUCAGGGUGGGAGCUCUGGAAUUUAAUGCAAAAUAGCCAGAAUAUAGUCCGGUUUUUGGAAUUUUGGAUUAAAGUUGCCUAAUGUUAUGUCGGAGUAUAAACAACACUGCAGUGUUUAGAAACAUUAGCUGUAUCAAUCUUCAUGUAAACAUCCGGCUUUAUAAGUUUGGUUCUCUUUAUACAACUAUAUUUUAAGCAUCAGUUAGCACAGUGUACAUUGGGAAUAGUUCACUUUGAAACCCCAAACCCCAAUGUGGAAGUUUUUAAGCUACGGAAUAGUACGGUAUUGCUUUGCUCUACUGAGGUUCAGAAAGCAUUAUGUAGCAGUUUGAAUCGUAUAAUUAUUUAAUGUUAAUGGUAUCAUCCUAAAAUUAACUUAACCAGCUUCAGAACACCAUUGCAGGGUAUUGUGGUGGUGUUUUAAUUAAUGAAUUGGUUCACUAUGAAGUCUACAGCGGUUCGCGGAAGUGACCGUGCUGGGGAGCUUUUCAGACUGUUGAAAUGCGAGUUCUGUUUCCUGUACUUUGGGGCUUAUUUCACAACUACAGCCCCUGGUAAACAAAGGCAAACAAAAUAAAUACUGGAAAUGCAGUACGGUUGAGAACAAUUCUGCAGUCCAUCCCACUUCAUGCAAGAGAUUUUUUAACUUUCCUUGCUGUGUUUACAGUGUAGCUUGGGGUCUAGAUUUUUAUGGUGGUUACAAAAGAGCUAUACUUUAAAGGGGACGGCACUUGGAAAAUGUACAUAGUUCAGCGAUGGGGACUUUCGCUAAAACAACCAAUUUUAUGAUCCUACAAGUUUACAGAAAAAUAUUACUCGGCUUCAGCAGUUUCCAUUGAAUGUUUAUCCCUCCUAUAAUAAGUUAGACACUGCAAUGCAUUGUAGUUUUUUUACAUAUUCAGUUUACAGAUGUAUCCAGUGGUUUUCUCUCAUUCUCUGUUUCUUAAGCCCUCAUGGAAUUACUGGGUUCUUGUUAGGUCUAGCUGGUUACUGCUGACUUUUUACUUAUAAACCGGUAGAUAUGUGGAUGCUCGUAAUACACAUUUGCAUAAGAUUAAUACUCCCUGUGGCUAAUUUAGCAGCUUUAGGAGUAUUGUGCUCCUAAGGUCUGCCAAAUUAGCAUAUGGAUGGUGUUAAGUGUGAGUUAACAGUGCACAAUCUUCUUUUGAAUGGAGACUAAUGUCUUUUUUUAAAGAUGUCUGUUCUGUUUUUAAAUUUAUUUACAUGUUUAGCCAGGGAGCACAUGUCAGACCCAGCAGAGAAUCUGUUUUUCUGCAGUGAAGGGUGCAGCUGGGCUUCGAUUCCGGCUACUUCGGCAUUAAGCGAACAUUGGCAUAUCAAGGCAAGCCAUUUUGAGGUUUUCUUGGAAAUUGCAAAAAUGUUUAAAUGUUCAUUGUCACUCCCUCCUUCUGAUUGGUGGCUUCAAAGUUUUUUUUUUGCUUAAAUGAUUUGCUGUAAAUAAUGCCUAAGGAAUUUUGCAACAUUUCCUGGACUUAAUUCCUUUGUGCCUCAUUUCACAAUAAAAUCUCAAUCUGUUUCCAAAGU